CUCUGGAGGGGGGGGAUGGACAGGGCAAACACUGAGCCUCUGCAAGGCAGCCCCUAAGACAAUUCUCUUUGUUGGCUGCUGUGGUCCAUGGAGGCUCCUGGGGAGUGGGUGUUCUCAAGAGGGAGUGAAAUAGGGUGGUCAUAACAUUGAUAUUAAAGAAAGGAGUGACGAGAGAGUAUGUGCUACUUUGAAAAUAAUCUCCACUAAUAUGGUCUCAUUCUAAAGGGCUUUACUUCUUUGUUUCAGUUCAUUUUCAAUCUAAGGAAAAUGUCCUAUCAGCAGCAGCAACAAUGCAAAGUGCCCUGCCAGGGCCCUCCCCUGAUCCCUAAGCCUUGUCCUCCCCAGGUCCCUGAUCCCCACCCCCGGAAGGUGCCUAAGCCAUGUCCCCCACCCUCCAGCCAGCCAAAGUGUCCUCCUGUUAAGUGUCCUCCCUGCCAGCAGGAAUACCUACCAAAGCAGAAGUGACAGCUCUGAAGCCACCUCCUUGACCUGGUCAUGAAGGUACUGCACCUUCUUGCGCCCACUCCAUCCCCUCACUGUCAACAACAAAAAGGAAUACUUGUUGUAUUAGAAGAUGCUUUUCUCUUCAGAGUCAAGAAAAAAGAUACCAUCAUAGUGUGUGUGACUUUCCUCCCCAGAUCAGCGACUCCUCCCAGCCCCUCUCCAGGAGACUACAUGGUAUAGACAGAAGUUCUCAAACCUUCCCAGAGUCCUGACCUAUCCCUGCCCUUCUCCUUGAUUGCUGUGGUCCAGGGGCUGGCUGCUCCUUCACUGCUGUGGUCCAGGGGCUGGCUGCUCUGCCACGCUGCCUCCUGCUGGCUGUAUGAGGUCACUAUAGGAU